UAUAAAAAAAUUAGUUUCGAAGAGGCAAUAGAAGAAAUUGGUAAAUUAGGUUAUUUCAAUUUAGAAGAAAAAGAAAUAAUGGCAAUGAGAGGAAAAAGCCAAAGAAAUAUAAUAAAAGCAGGGUUUAAGGUGCCUUGUUUUAAUUUGGAAGAUGGAACUAGUGUCUUAUCAAAUGGAGGCAUGCAAAAGGCUCUAAAAAUAGGAAGACAAAAAAUAAAUGGUUAUGAGGCAGAAAAGACACCGCCAACAAGGUAG